AACAGACUAACUUAAAGUUUAGGAAUUGUGUAUUUAAAUUCCUACUAAUUGAAUAUCAUAAUGAACAGUAUGUUUAUAAAGUCAGGGGAUACACAAUACUCAGGUUCAAGCAAUUAAGUGUGCUCCCCUUCCUCUUUGUUACCUAGGAGCUGCAAACAUGAGGAUUUCUCCAGUGAGAGAAGCUGCUUUCCAAUGCUGAGGUAGUGCAGAAGGGUUAAACAAUAAAGUGGAGGAGGCAACUGCCCUAAUUUGGUGUGAGAACAUUUGUGUGAUACCUCCAGCUAUGUCUUGCAAUACGCACUGCAAUAAGCAUCAGAUUUCUCUCUGUGUUUGGACAGACAAGCUAGAGUCUGUACUGAAUGCUGUCUCAUACUGCUGACAUCCCAGAUGAGUGUCCACCAAAAGAGAAGCAAUGCAAGUAAACUGAAACAUUAAUAGAGAGGCAGCUGGAGUAAAGACAGAAAGAAGUCAGCCCAGCAUUUAAAAGCACACUAGUAGAGGACACUUCAGAAUGCGUGAAUGCAUCUCUAUUCACGUUGGCCAGGCUGGAGUUCAGAUAGGAAAUGCGUGCUGGGAACUCUUCUGCCUGGAGCAUGGCAUUCAGCCAGAUGGCACCUUCAAGGAUGUGCAGGAUAAACUCAACAAUGAUGACUCUUUUACUACGUUUUUCAAUGAAACAGGCACUGGGAAGCAUGUGCCACGGGCUGUAAUGGUGGACUUGGAACCAAGUGUAGUAGAUGAAGUGCGGGCUGGGACCUUCCGGGAACUUUUUCAUCCAGAACAACUGAUCACUGGAAAGGAAGAUGCAGCUAAUAACUAUGCCCGUGGCCACUACACCAUUGGCAAAGAAAGCAUUGAUAUGGUGCUUGAUCGUGUCCGUAAGCUGACUGAUGCCUGUUCUGGGCUGCAAGGGUUCCUGAUCUUCCACAGCUUUGGUGGAGGUACCGGGUCUGGCUUUACCUCCUUACUAAUGGAACGACUCUCUGUGGAUUAUGGAAAGAAGUCCAAACUGGAGUUUGCAAUCUACCCAGCCCCACAGGUCUCCACCGCUGUGGUGGAGCCCUACAAUUCCAUCCUGACCACACAUACCACCCUGGAGCACUCGGAUUGCGCCUUCAUGGUGGAUAAUGAAGCCAUCUACGACAUCUGCCGCCGAAACCUGGACAUCGAGCGUCCCACCUACACCAACCUCAACCGCCUCAUCAGCCAGAUUGUCUCCUCCAUCACGGCUUCACUGCGCUUCGAUGGUGCCCUCAAUGUGGAUCUGACAGAGUUCCAGACAAACCUGGUGCCCUAUCCGCGCAUCCACUUCCCUUUAGUCACCUAUGCCCCCAUCAUCUCCUCUGACAGAGCACAUCAUGAGCAGCUCUCAGUGGCUGAAAUCACCAGUGCCUGCUUUGAGCCCAACAACCAGAUGGUGAAGUGUGACCCAAGACAUGGCAAGUACAUGGCCUGCUGCAUGCUGUACCGUGGUGACGUGGUUCCCAAGGAUGUCAAUGUCGCAAUUGCUGCCAUCAAGACCAAGAGAACCAUCCAGUUUGUCGACUGGUGUCCAACAGGCUUCAAGGUUGGGAUCAACUAUCAGCCUCCUACUGUAGUUCCUGGUGGCGACCUAGCCCAAGUUCAGCGAGCAGUCUGCAUGCUAAGCAACACCACGGCCAUUGCAGAGGCUUGGGCCAGGCUCGACCACAAGUUUGAUCUGAUGUAUGCCAAGAGAGCUUUUGUGCACUGGUAUGUGGGUGAAGGCAUGGAGGAGGGAGAAUUUGCAGAGGCCCGAGAGGAUCUGGCUGCCCUGGAGAAGGACUAUGAGGAAGUGGGAACUGACUCAUUUGAAGAAGAAAAUGAUGGGGAGUAGUUUUAAAAUACACCUUGUUUCUAGUGAGCAGAGAAUUGUCUCUGUAUCACUGUAUUGCAUGUGUCUACCAUUAGGUCAUAUUUUUUUGUAUGUAAUAUACAGAAAUUUAAGAGGGGUCACAUAGAGACACCUUUUAUUCCAUAAAUCACAGGUAAGUUGUCCUGUAAGAUAGGAUCAGCUGCAGUAAUGCCUCACCACUCCCAGCAACGCAAAAAGACUCACUCUUCUUCCUUGCACAUUUAAUGUAAGCCUGUUUAAGCUCUAAUGCACAUACUAAAACCACUACAAUUCAAACUGUUUAAAUGAGAAGCUUUUCCCCCUUAAAAAAAGACAACAAAACAAUAAAACCUAAACUUUUAUUUUUUGCAUCGUACCUCCUGAAAACAUUUCAGUAUUCCUUACUCUACUUGCAUAGUUCCUCCUCUGCAAGAAACAACAUCUGCUUUAACCAGCAGAUCACUGUGCCAUCUGUGGCAAUCUUUAUUUAGUGCACCAUGUGCAAGUGAGUCUGCAAUAUGGGCAUUUGAACGUUCACUCAAAGAUAAUUCAAAGUUGUGAUCCAAGAUCUCAAAUCUAUAGGAUUCAUGUCUUACUAGGCAAUGUCAAUUCUUGACUAGGAAACCUUUCAGCUACUUUUUAUUGAGGGUCCCUGAUGGGUUGCACCCAUGAGAGCUGAGGCAGCUGGCUAAUGUCAUUGCAAGGCCACUCGUGAUAAUGUUUGAUGAUCAUGGUGACUGGGAGAAGUGGCCAAAGACUGGUGGAAAGCAAAUGCCACUCCUGUCUUCAAAAAGGACAAGAAGGAAGAUGCAGGGAGCUACAGGC